CUUGCCCUGGCCUGCCCCUGCAGCAGCUACAGUACUGGCCGCCCCCUGCUUCUUGGUUCCUCUUCCUCUCCGCUUCCUCUUCCUCUUCCUCCCAGUCCAAAGCAGGCCCGUUCACCCUCAGGACUUCAUGUCGCAGCGGGUCUCAUGUUCACAUCCCCUCGCGAGCAAAUGGGAAGCCCUGGACGCAUUGCAAAUCUGCUCUCAGACAACACCUCCUCGGCGCCGAUUGGUCAUAGCCAGCGUUGGCUGUUGGUGCCGACGGGGUCAAAGUGGAGAGACAACAUGGCAGCGUGCACCUGAGUGGGGGAUGUUGGCCACCCGAAGUGCACCACUGAAUCAUGGGCCCAGUUAACAAUGUUUGGUUUGGAAUCGGAAUCCCUUGUGAAAACACGGCAUUGGGAUGCUCUACUUAGUUGCUGAUGCCCAGAACGACUGGAUCAGACGGUGCCGAGGUGCCAAAGAUUAGAAUUCACAGCAGGACAGAUCUGUCUAAAGGGUUAAAGGGUGUAGCCGUCAUGGCUCUAGACGAUAUCAUUGGCUGCUGCUGGUCCUGGUACUGAGAAGCAACGGAUCGGAUGGGGAGAAAGUCUGAAGGAAAGGAAAGGAAAGCGAGUGCACUGAACUCAGGAGAAUAAUCGGACGCUAUCGAGUGAUCACUAUGCCCCUUCCAGCCUAGACAUCCCAUCCCAUCCCAUCCCAUCCCAGGAGAACGACUCGAAUCCAAUAUUAAUCUCCUCUGCGCUGAGCGCACUCGUUCUCCUCAGGGGAAGCUUGGGCCCCUGGCAGGGUUGAGGGAGCCAGAGGCCCAGAAGGGGGCAGCCCCCGUCGGGCUUGGGAUUGAACUUGACAGGGGGCACAGACGUGGGAGCAGGGGGCAGGGGGCAGGGGGCAGCACGCCGUUUCUCUCUCUGUCCGAUCUCCUCACUCCUCAUCCUACUCUCUGCUCCUGCUCCUGCUCCUGCUCCUCUCCAAUCGCUCUCCCUUCCUUUCCUUCUCUUCCCUUUCUCUCUUCUCCCCCCUCACUCCUGCAUCAUACUGCAUUUGUCGGUCUGCUGCAACACUCCUGCAACGCAGACGCUGUCUGUUCAAAUCACAAGUUGAUUUGCGGCUUCAACUCUGUUGCGUGAGCUAUCUUCAUCUUCCCAGCACCCCGAGGACCUUUUCUGCAGCUUGCUGGUAGACGAGCAGCCAGAGUCCAGUCUAGUAACGUCAACGUCAAAGCACACCUACCGUCGUUCCUUCUUUUCCAGAAAGACACAACACUCCUUUCUAGUAAUCGUUAAGCCCAUAGCGAAACUUACAUACGCUCGAGCUCGUGUCAGGCAUAUUUCGAAACAUAAGCAUCCGAGGGGCUCUGCAGAGUCAAUACACCAACUUCACAACAGACCUCCCCGACAACAACCAUGGGGCCAUCACUUAAUAACCACUCUUCUUUCGUCCGUCCAAGGACUGGAGACCGCGAGGGUCGUCCUGGUACUCGAGACCAGACUGAUCAAAACUUGAUCAUCCCAAGCAGAACUUCUUCCCUCCACUCCCGGAUCACCCAGCCAAUUCCUUCGACUCUCAAUGUCAAGCCUCAACAACGAACACCCAAGACGCUCACCCAUGCGUACAUGGUGUGCGGUGUUGGAAGAGAGCCAUCGCAAUGGGUGAAGGCUCCAGCUCCAGCACAGGGAAAGAUUGGACAUAUGAAGGGAGCUGUUGGGCAGUUUUGGCUGCCCGAGAUUCUUGGUAGCAGUCCCAGAUUGGAACAGGAUAAUGAAAUUGCCAGAGCGCUCCAUGCUGCCAUGAGGGCUUGUUUCCCACACGACGUAGAGAUCUGCACUGGACGCAGCCAACCGCACUGUGUGCAUCAUUCUUUCGUGCUUCAACAGGAUUCUUCUCAUACUCUUUACGGUAUUGCUCUUCGCGUCUGGUCGAGAGCAGAUGAGAAGCGGGCCGAAACUAUUCGAGACCUCCGGAGGCGAACCGAGUCGGACUUUUACGACUCUCCAGAUGAGACAUACUGGAUUCCGUACUGCCUGUCAUUCUUGUCUCGAUACCCAUUGUACAACCUUUUGGGUGACUAUCUUCGUGGCAUGUGGAUCCACUGGAACAAGGCUACUAACCUUUUCCAUGCCGAGGAGGUUUCUCGCAUUCUGAGUUUCCCAGCACCCAGACUGAACGACUUGGUCCGAAUUGAUAUGAAAGAUUACGCCCUCUGUUAUCAAUUCCCUUCGUCGCCAACCGGAUUCCAGAACUUCGCCAUGUGGCCAUUGUUUUCUUGCUUGUCCAUUCCCAACAUUGUUGGUGUGAUAGAAGCAGCUUUGUCGCCAACUCGUCGCAUUGUCUUUGUCAGUCACUACCCUGCUAUGCUCACAGUGGCAGCCGAGACAAUCCGUUACUGUGUUCGCGUAUAUGAGUGGAGUGGCCUCUAUGUUCCAGUUGUACAUGCAAGACAUGCGAAGGAGUUGGUUCAGGAACCUGGCCCAUACAUUCUUGGUAUCACCGCCGAGUGCAGGUCGCUUUUCACCGCACCUACCGAUGCUCUGGUCGUCGACUUGGAUCGCAACUUCGUCCUGACAUCUAGCCCACCGACCGCAUUAUCUGCUGGUCAACGCACCAAGAUGGUCAACCGAAUGACACAGGCUCUCAACGGCGAUGUGACACCUUCGGGAGUUCCGCAACAUCUCCGGUCUGCCUACGGCGGAGGAAAAUUGGUUCCCGCUGGACAGAUCAUUGUUAUGCGUGGAGAGGUCGAAUCAAUCCAGGACCCCGAGUGGUGGAACCAGGAUUCCAUCAUGGCCGUCAUGGAUCACGUUUGCGAGAAAAUGGGAAGAAACACUGGGAUGAAGGCUGUGUUUGGCGGAGCUGUCAAGAAACCACUCAUGACCAAGGUCUCAAUGAGACACCUGAACGAGAUUGUUCGUGAGAGGAAUCAAUAUUCCCGAGACGCGCUGGAGGCUUGGCAAGACUUCAUCAACCUCAAGGGUCGUAUGGAUACCGAACUCGGCAAGGUCACCAAGAGAAACAACUUCCUCGUGGAGGAACUUGAGAGCUGGAAGCAGCAGUUCCUCAAAUUCCAAGCCUUUGCUGAGCAGCUCACCAAGGAGACUCAAGAUCUCAAGGUCAAGAUCGAGAACCACAAGCGUGAGAACAGACGCCUUUCUGGACUUAUCGACCAACAGAAGGACGAUGCUGCCCGCCUCACUGUUCGUCUUUCCGGUACCGAGAAGCAACGUGACGAUGCUCUUGAAGCUUUGGUCCUCCAGCAGGAGAUCGCCGAGGAACUUGAGCGUGAGCGAAAGCGUAACAAGAAGGAGCUCGCAGCUCUCCAACACACCAAUGUCACCAUCCUUCGCCAGAGAGAUGAGGCUCAACGUGUUGUUCUCCACCUGCGCGCCUUGAUCAGUGGUCAAACUCAUCACAUGGAGCACAUUGUCCGAACUCUUGGGAAGAGCCCCGAGUUGGUCGAGUACAUUGAGCACGGUUACGAUGAGGAGGAGGGUGACCUUGAGGAUAUUGCCGAGGAGGCCAAGAACGAGGAGAAUGGCGAGCUGUCCCCUGCACUGGAAUCUCGUGCCUACAGAAACAGCACGAGUGGCGAUGACAUGACCCCAGAAAUGGAAAAGCGUCUGAACAAUGGUCUUCGCAACAGCAAGCGAUACAGCCAGAUGAGCAUCGUGGACGUUGCCGAUCGUCAUUUGAAGGACAAGACUGAUGCCAUUGCUCAUAUCAUCCGAAACAUCAGUGAGCAGUGCGCUGCUGCUGUCGAGGGUCUUCAACUCGCUCACGAUGCCGAGGUCGAGGCCGAAGAAUUGGCUUUGAAGGAGGCUCGUGGCCACCACCGCGCGAGCAACUUGUCCACAAUCACCACCAGUGAUGAUGGUCACUCCAAUGGUGGAUCCGAGACUGGAGAUGACAGCCACCUAAACCCAAGUGGACGCGCGUCAAGCAUUCCCCCAACCCCAGAUCUCAUCCACAACAGAUCGAGUACCUCCAUGUCGAUUGCGAGCGUCACAACCACUCCUGAAAGGAGCAGCCAGCAAUACAACAUUGGGACUGAUAUCCCAACAAAGAUUGUCGAGGACAGCGAUGAGGAGUUGGAAGGACGAAGCGAGAACGAGGGGUUGAGCGGUAACGAGCACAUCGGGAAACCAAACAUGAUGCGCAGACCUGCGGGUGCCAGAUUGAGCGCUCUUGGUGGCCGAUAGAAGGUCCAGACAUUUCUUUGAAAAUUGCCGUCCUUUUUAGCAUCGAUAACCUUUUUGGGCGGCGUCUAAACGGUGGAAUUCGUUUGCUUUGUCUGUAAUGCUUUAUCGACUAUCGCUGUCAAUAUUUUUAUUUGUUGUAUGUUGAAAUAUACCUUCUUCGUUGUGGGGAAAAGGGAACGAAAGGGAAGCUAAGCUAGAUGUACGAGAUGGAUAUAAGAGGAGCGAGAUGAGAAGAGUGGGGAGAAACAUAGUGAGAGGAGCUUUUUGAGAAAGGAACAGGUGUGGAUUGCUGAUAUUUAAUACCACUGGUGUACCCGGCGUAUAUAGUAUAGUACAAUAAGAUCAAGAUAAGACUUUAUGAAAG